AUGUCUACACCAUCCACUACUUCUAAAACUCAGGCUCGUCCUUCCAGCAGCGAAGCACCAUCAAUUUGUUCAAAAACUAUGCAGUCGAAGAUAGCUACUCCAAUUCCUGGGCCUCCAGAGCCAAUCCCUUCUUCGUAUCAACCAAAAUGUGCCAUAAAAAAGCUGCCUGCUGAUUCGACCUUAGAAGAUAUUCUAACAGUCAUCGAGCAGGAUGGCGGGGUCAUUCUCACUGACCUCGUUUCUGCUGAACAACUUGCUGCCAUUGACGCUGACGUUGAGGCGGAGAAAGAGUGGACACCGACUACAGAAAACAGUGCUUUGUCAAUCAUUCCAAAAGAAACACUUGUAGUGCCUGGUCUCGUGGGCAAGUCCGACACUAUCGCAGAACUGUGCGAACAUCCGGUUCUUGAGCAGCUCCGCAAACACAUUCUGGAGUACAGAUUUAGCGUGAUCCGCGAAGACUUCGUUGAGGAGAACAUCAUAGAUCCGCUCCUCAGCAUAAGUAGCACCUUAUAUAUUGGUUACGGCGCUCCUCGCCAGAGACUUCACAGAGACGACAAUGUCCAUGGAAUCAAGCAUGACAUGCCCUUCCAGCUCAACCAGCAAAGUCAAUUCGCCUGCCUCGUGGCUGGGUCUAGAACGACACGCGAGAAUGGAGCUACCAUGUUUGUUCCCGGCUCACAUAAGUGGGACGAUAGCCGACGUCCGCGGCUCGAUGAAGUCUGCUUUGCAGAGAUGGAACCUGGUUCGGCUCUCAUCUUCCUGGCUAGCUGUUAUCAUGGGGGAGGCACAAACCAGGUUCCUGGUGAGGUGCGCAAAAUCCACGGUCUGUUCUUUUGCCGCGGUAAUCUCCGAACGGAGGAAAAUCAGUUUCUCGCGAUUCCAAGAAGUAAGGUCUUGAAGAUGAGCCCAAAGAUGCUCUCCCUUCUGGGCUACAAGAAGCCGACGACUGUGCUAGGCAUAGUCGAGAACCACGAUCCGUCUUUGGAUUUAGAGGCUGUAUUUAACCUGGAGAGCAAACGGAAUAUCUCCAAGCGAGAUUCUGGUUUUCAUUCUGCUGAGCGCAUAGUUGUAUCAUAG